AUGAAAGAAAAGAUUGAAACAAAAUUAUUAGAUACAAUAGAUGAAAAAAUUGAAAAUUCAACAACAACAACAACUAAAAAUAAUACUCAUAAUAAUAAUAAUACUAAUACUAAUAAUAAUAAUAAUAAUAAUAAUAAUAAUAAUAAUAAUAAUAAUAAUAAUAAUAAUAAUAAUAAUAAUAAUAAUAAUAAUAAUAAUAAUAAUAAUAAUAAUAAUCCAUUUUCAACAUUAUCAGCAUCAUUAUCAAAAUUAAAAAGGAAAUUAAUUAUAAAUAAUGAAGGUGAUAGAGAAGAAUUAAAAAAAAGAUUAAUUACAAUGAUUGAAAGAGAAUUUCCUGCUGAAUUAAAAAAUAAAGAACAAGAAUUAAUUGAAAUUGAUGAUAGAAUUAAUACUGUUAAAGAAAUGUUAAAUUCAUUAAAUAAACAGCGUAAUUCUACUAAAUCAUCAACAUAUCAUAUACCACACACUAAUAAUAAUAAUAAUAAUAAUAAUAAUAAUAAUAAUAAUAAUAAUAAUAAUAAUAAUAAUAAUAAUAAUAAUAAUAAUAAUAAUAAUAAUAAUAAUAAUAAUAAUAAUAAUAAUAAUAAUAAUAAUAAUAAUAAUAAUAAACCAAAAAGAAUAUUUCAUAAAUUACAAAAUGGUGAAUUCGUUAAAUUGGUUUGUAAAUAUUGCAGAAGAUCAGAUUUUGUGAGUGGACUUGGAUUUUUAAAUCAUGUUAGAAUUAAACAUGGUUUUAGAUAUUCCACUCUUGACGAAGCCGCCGAACAAAUUGGUGUACCAGUUGCUGAUAGCGAAAUUCCAAAAGAUGAUCCUUCACGUGAAGGCAUUGUAUUUAGAUUUAAAAGGGGUGCCUAUUCACCAAGUAUAGCUUUUGAAAGAAAUAGUGAAGAAGACAAUGGUACAUUCGAUAAUAAUAAUAAUAAUAAUAAUAAUAAUAAUAAUAAUAAUAAUAAUAAUAAUAAUAAUAAUAAUAAUAAUAAUACUGGCAAUGAUACAGAUAAAAAAAAAAAUAAUAAUGGUAAUGAUGCGGAUGUAGAUAUGAUCGAUCUUAAUGUAAAUAGUAAUUAUAGUAAUAAUAAAGAGACAAAUGAAGAAUCUUCAGGAUCAAGUAGAUUUUAUGUAAAGAAAAAAAUUAUAGUUGGUAAUACUUCAACUCAAAUUCAUCCAGAUUAUAGAGGUCACGAUAGAUCAACUCAUAAAUGGACUGUAUAUGUUAGAGGUCCUCAAAAUGAAGCAGAUAUAUCAUAUUUUGUAAAAAAGAUUUGGUUUUAUUUACAUGAUAGUUUUGCACCAAAUGAUAAAGUAGAGGUUGUGGAGAGACCAUUUAAUUUGACUAGAAGGGGUUGGGGUGAAUUUCCAGUUAGAAUUAGAUUAUUUUUUCAUGACAAAAGAAAUAAACCUAUUGAUAUUAUUCAUAAUUUGAAAUUAAUUCAAUUACCCAUCCAAUAUAAUGUACCAGUGGUGGGUGGUGAAACUACAACGGAAAUUGAUUUAGAUAGAUUGUUCUUUGAUAAAAGAGAAAAACAACAAAAACUUGAUCAAUUAAAUAAUAAUAAUAAUAAUAAUAAUAAUUCUGAAAAUAAUAAUAAUAAUAAUAAUAAUAAUAAUAAUAAUAAUAAUAAUAAUAUUAAUAAUAAUAAUAAUAAUAAUAUUAAUAAUAAUAAUAAUGAUAAUAAUAAUAGUAGUAAUAAUACCAGCCCCACCUCAAAUUAUUUAAAUGAACCUCAAAAGAUUGUAAAUAAUGAUAAAGUUAGUGAAAAUAGUAGUAACAAUGAGGAUUCUCAAAAGAAUAAAGAGAAAGAAAAAGAAAAAGAAAAAGAAAAAGAAAAAGAAAAAGAAAAAGAAAAAGAAAAAGAAAAAGAAAAAGAAAAAGAGAAAGAUAAAGAUAAAGAGAAAGAGAAGGAUAAAGAGAAGGAUAAAGUUAAAGAGAGAGACAAUAAAGAAAAAGAAUUAGAAAAUAAUAGACCAAAAGAUGACAGAGAUAGAGAUAGAGAAAAAGAAAGAGUAAGAGAUAGAGAUAGAGACAGAGAAAAAGAAAAAGAAAGAGAAAGAGAAAGGGAAAGGGAAAGGGAAAGAUAUAGAGAUAGAGAUAGAGAUAGAGACAGAUAUAGGGAUAGAGACAGAGAUAGGGAUAGAGACAGAGACAGAGACUGA